ACAAAAACAAGUUUGUGUGAUAAAUAAUGGGUGGAUAUACAAUUAAUAUAAAGAUAAAAACAUAAUGGGUUUAUAUUUAAGUAGAUUAGUACAAGAGACAGGAGGUUUUAGGUCUGUUCACUACAGGAAUGGAUGUACAUGUAUAUACAAGCAUACAUUUAAAUGAUAAUGACAUGUCAACAUCAAAAAUUGUAUCGUCAUGAUAAUAACAAUAAAUGUGUAGCAUAUAAAAACAAAGGCAUUAUUGGCAGGGAAAUGUUAAUGUUAUUCAUGAUUGGUGUCAUCGUGUAUAGAUAAACUCAACUGUCUUCUUCACCAACUUGACCUCCUCUAUAUCUCAUUUCAAGAUGGCUUGUGAUUGCUCUGACAAAUUUAUCUCUUGUUUCAGAUCUUUUUUAUAUGUAUUGUUCUACAUCCUAUCCUUUUUUACUUGCCAAUAUGUACCAGAUGUCAAAAUUGAAGAUGAAGAUGAAAAGAAACGUUGUAAAGUUUGCUGCUCAAUCUUAGUCAUAUUAUAUAUGGCCGCAUUCACUAUUCUUUGUGGACUUUUUAUUAAUAUUUUUCCAACUGUUUUAUUUAUAAGUGAUUGGUAUCACUGUCCUAUAAAUUAUUAUAAUAUUUGCUAUACACUUCAAUUUCAUAGCAGUAAUCCAAACAGCUCUAAAGUACCUGAAAUUGUAUUAAGAUCAAAAGAUGAUCAUGAUGGUGAUUAUCUUGAUAGAGAAGUCACACGUACAGCAGUCCAGCCAUUCAAUGAUCUAGCAAAGUUCACGUUACUUUCCAUUUGUUUCUCCACCUUUGUGUCUUACCUCAUCUUCAUCAUUGCACUGAUAUGGCAUUACUUUAGUGACCACUUUCACUUUUCAAAAUGGAGAUGCGAUGGAUAUGAAGCACUAGAAGACAAUGAAGGCAUUCCCCAUCCAUUUAAUGAAAUUACUUGUAAUUGUACAUGCAAUGAUGAUGAUGAUGAUGAUGAUGAUGAUGAUAGCACAGAAGUUUUCUGUGUUUUCUGUAGUUAUAAGCUUACUAAACAUUUCUGGUUUUUUUUCUUCCUUUCGUUAAACAUCAUCUUCUGGGGUGCAAUGGUAGUUAUAUUCUUUUAUGCACAGUAUCAUUAUGGGGUUCAUAAAGAAACACAAGGAAAUAAAACAAGCAGCAAAACAGAGAAAAAUAAAAAAUAUGAAAUAGCAUCAGCUGCUCUGUACUUCUAUUCUCAUUUGUGUACUAUCGUUAGUUGCUUCAUAUUCUCAAAAAUUAUGUACGGGAUUCAGAGAAAAAUUAAUGAACAAAAAAAGGACAUCACUUCAACUGUGACACUGCCAGACUUGAUAAAUGACGACAAAACUUUCCUUAAAAGAGCUACAAAGGCACUUUCUAUUUUCCAGUUCUGGUUCUUCAUUCAUUGGAUAUUCUACAUUGUCACUUCAUUCCUAAUGAUUGCUCUCUCCAUUGAAGCUAUUCUGUUACACAUUAGGGCAACACAGCACCAUAUUCAACCUGGAGUCCAUUUCAGUGUCUAUGAGAUUCCACUACUCAUUAUAUGGUCUAUAUCUAAUGUCCUCAUGUUCAUUUACCCGUGCUUUCAAGCAGCAAGCAUCACAAGAGCAAGGAAGAAAUAUAUACGGCACCUUAUGAGGGAUUAUGCAAAAACUGACCAAAAAGAAAAAGUAGAUUCAUACGUCAAGUACCUGCAGAGUCGUGAUUUUGGAUUUAGACUAAACAUUGCUUGUAUACACAUUCCAUUCAAUCUCAAUGUAGCAUACACUUCAAUACUAAUUGGAGUUUUUGGUAUUGUUCUGAGUGUGUUAACAACUGUUGCUACUUAAAAAUUGGCAUAUUUUUAUUGCUACUGUGUGGCUAGUUGUUGUUUGAUAUUUUCCUGUACAGUAAUUUUGCUGCUUAAUUGUUAUGCUGAUUUUCAUUUUAAUUAUUUUAUGUACCUUUUACAAGUAUAUGCACACAUUAAUUUACUUGCUAUUUUUACUCUUUAUACU